UCACGGACCUCCCCAGCACCCAAGGGCCAAAGCCUCUCGCUCCACUUGAGCUCCCCGGACUCGCUCUCCCAUCCUCUCCUCUCCUCUCCUCUCCUCUCCUCCCUCCCCGUCGCGCGCGGCGGAACGCAGCCGCUCUCGCCCCUACCGACAGAGUCUCCGCCGUCCCUCCCUCCCGACAUGGCGAGAGAAUGAGAAACCGCUCGCGCGGCCGACGAUCAUGUCAGUCUCGUGCUCCGACUGCUUCUCCGAUCUGCUCUGCGAGGAGGACUCCGCCGGGGUCCUGUCCGACAGCUCGCCCGCGUGCUCGCCGUGGGACCUGGGCUCCCAGGAGCGCGCCGAGGAGUCGGUGGCGGGGUUCAUCGAGGACGAGGAGGAGUCGGUGGCUGGGUUCAUCGAGGACGAGGAGCACUUCGUGCCCGGGCCCGACUACGUGGCCCGGUUCCGACCGCAGUCGCUCGACGCCUCCGCGAGGGAGGAGUCCGUUGCAUGGAUUCUCAAGGUGCAUGCCUUCUACGGAUUCCAGCCGUUGACGGCGUAUCUGUCCGUCAACUACCUCGAUCGCUUCCUUUGCUCGCGCAUCUUGCCGCAACCAAAUGGGUGGCCGAUGCAGCUCCUCUCGGUGGCUUGCUUGUCGUUAGCUGCUAAGAUGGAGGAACCUCUGGUUCCUUCUCUUCUGGAUCUUCAGGUUGGAGGUGCCAGGUACAUUUUUGAACCGAGGACAAUCCGCAGGAUGGAAUUUCUUGUUCUAAGCGUCCUGGAUUGGAGGCUCCGAUCCAUAACGCCCUUCGCCUUCAUCGGUUUCUUCGCGUGGAAGGUCGAUCCAACCGGCACCGGUGUCGGGUUUCUCGUCUCACGCGCGACCCAAGUAAUCUUAUCUAACGUCCAAGAAACUAGCUUGCUCGAGUAUCGACCGUCCUGCAUCGCCGUGGCGGCCGUGCUACAUGCUGCGAGCGAUAUCCCGAGUCUGUCUCUAUGUAAUCCAGAGAACGCGGAAUCAUGGUGCGAUGGGCUAAGCAAAGAGAAGAUCAUCAGCUGUUACCGGUUAAUGCAAAAGAUGGUGCACAGCGGUAGCAAGAGGAAGGCCCCAAAAGUGCUGCCCCAGUUCAGACUGACGACUCAGGCAAGAACGAGGUUUAGUGACUCAUCAUCCUCGUCCUCGUUAUCGCCAUCGUAUGAUAACAACAGGAGGAAAUUAAGUAACAUCUUAUGGGUAGAUGUUGACAAAGGAAACUCCGAGCCUGGGGAAAUAGAAUAACCAAAAAGACCGGACACUGGGUGGUCCCCGAGCUGUCUAGAAAGUAGAAGCCUCUGUGUUUUUUAGUUGGGAGGGUUUUCUUGGGUUGAUCAGAUUGACUUGUUUGAUGAAGCGAGUGAUGUAGAGAGUCGAGACCAUAGUAAAUAACGUAUGUACGUACGUACGUACGUACGAGAGAUGGGGUUGGUGCUUUUGAAGAUUUUCUUGAUUCUUUUUUUUUUUUUUGUGUUUCUCUGUUUCUCAAGGAGGGCAUUGCCACAAA